AAAUAGCCUCAAUUUCUUGAGUUCAUCGUCUGGAGGGCAGCUUUUCUCUGGAAGAUUUUGCAUCUGACGGAGAUUGCCUGAAGAAGAAGAAGCUGCUCCUCUGUUCCCCUUCUAACAGAUCCUUAACAACAGGCAUUUCCUCGCUUUCUCUCUGAUAUAUCUUUCGGCACAAAGAUGGGGCUGACUUUCACCAAGCUUUUCAGUAGGCUUUUUGCAAAGAAGGAGAUGCGUAUCCUUAUGGUUGGUUUGGAUGCCGCUGGUAAGACAACCAUUUUGUACAAGCUCAAGCUGGGAGAGAUUGUCACCACAAUUCCCACUAUUGGAUUUAAUGUGGAGACUGUGGAGUACAAGAACAUUAGCUUCACUGUGUGGGAUGUUGGGGGUCAGGACAAGAUCCGUCCUUUGUGGAGACAUUACUUCCAAAACACGCAAGGUCUCAUCUUUGUUGUUGAUAGCAAUGACAGAGAUCGUAUUGUUGAGGCAAGGGAUGAGCUGCAUCGGAUGCUGAAUGAGGAUGAAUUGAGGGAUGCUGUGCUGCUGGUGUUUGCUAACAAGCAAGAUCUCCCAAACGCAAUGAAUGCUGCUGAGAUCACCGAUAAGCUUGGCCUUCACUCUCUCCGCCAACGCCACUGGUACAUCCAGAGCACAUGUGCUACCUCUGGGGAGGGGCUUUAUGAGGGAUUAGACUGGCUCUCAAACAACAUCGCUAACAGGGCUUAAAAUUGGUUUAUCUCUUAUGAUGAUUUUGGGGUUUGCUGGAGUGUUGGAGUAGAAAUUGUGGGUCUUGCUAAGCAUAUGACAGUCGAUUGAGCAUUCUGAGGAUUCUCUCAAUAGUCUAUGGAUUUUUUUUCUUUGACCCUUGCACCCCCAGAAAAUAACUCAAGACUGUUGUUGCAUCUUUCGUAGCUUUGCUGUUUUCUUUGUUACUUUCCAUAUUAUGGCUUGAAAUUCAUUGCUCAUGGGUUGGUUGAUCGGUUACAAAGUCACGAGUCUGUCUCUUUCUCUCUCUCUCUCUGUUUGUUUGCUUUGUUGCUGCCUUAAAUUUCAUUGAGCCUGAAUUGUUGUAUAGUGAAUGUAGGAUUCAAUUAUUUCUUGAAAUGAAAUCCAUAGAUUACAGUU